GAAAACCCAGAUCGCAGGGUGACCUUAGUUCUCAUUGGCUGGACUUCUUUAAGACUUUCACUUACUCAUCAUCUCUCUCUUCCUCUCUCCUUUUUUAAGCCUUCUCCGUCACCUGCAACCUUGUUCCUCCUAUACCAAAACACUUUCAUUUUUCGAAAGAAAGGUGGAAAGUACAGAAAUCCCCAUAUUCAGUGACUGAACUUUGCUGUUUUUAUGUUUCUUGCGUUCUUCUGUUUUUUUGUCCUUAAUCCACUUUCUUGGCAAUCAUUAUCCUUUCUUGUUGUGUUCAGUGAUUGUACUUGGCUGAAAGAAAAAGUGAGAGCCUUUUCACGCUCUUUACGUUUCUUAUAUUUGAGGAUUGCUAGUGAUUUUCACACAUACAUAUGCAUGAUUAACUGGAUACAGGCAUAUUCUCUUCUGGAGUUGUGUGAGAUCUGAUUAUGCGCCAUCAAAUUCUUCAUUCUUGUGUAGAAUUUGAGAUGCGAUUUUCUUGAUUUUUUUUGUAUAAUUAGAGAAAGUCAGACAAAAAUUUCCUUCUUCUCUUACUCUGUGCCUAAAUUUGUUAGUCCAGAAUUGAUGGAUUUUCAGCGCAGCAAUCAGCACCAACAGAUGAGUGGUGGUUUGACUCGUUAUCGUUCUGCACCUAGUUCAUACUUUUCUAGCUUUUUCGAUGCUGCUGCUGAUAUCAUUCCUAGGAGUGGCGGUGGCUUUGGAGGAGAUGAUCUUGAUCACUUUCUCAAUCGAUUUAUGCCUAGUAAUCGGGUUAAUGCUCAGGCACAGGACUCAAAUUCCAAUAAUAGUUUUGCUAAUAGCAUGAAUAUGCAGCAGUCUCAAUCUCAGUUUGUGGCAUCAAUGAAACAAGAGGCAGAGGUUAUGCAGCAGCCAGAGCAACUGCAGCAGCUACAGCAGACAAAUCAGAAUGAUUAUUCUCAGAUUUCGCAGCAGAUGAUGUAUCAAAGCCAGGCUCAAGUACAACAGAAUACUAAUAAUACCCAGUUGUCGAACGCAUCUGCUGGGGAUAACUCGUACAGAUUGCUGAGCUCUGUAAAUUCCAACCGAUUGACACCAACGAAGAUUGAGAGUGGUGGUGGUAUUUCAAAUCUGAUUCGUUAUAAUAGUUCACCGGCUGGAUUAUUUGCCAACAUUAACAUAGAAAAUGAGCAUGGUGCAAUGAGAGGCAUGGGGAAUUUUGGAGCUGGUAAUAAUGCUAAUGCAGAAGCAUCAUUUUCUUCUGCAAGCAGGUUCAAAAGUCAAAUGGAUUUUUCAUCAGCUCAAGCAACUUCUUCUGGCCUUAUGUCUCCCAUAUCCGAAAUUGACAGUACAGGCAUGGGAGACAACAAUCUUGGAGACAAAAAAUUUGGGGAAGGUCAAAGAAAUGAUUCUGGUUAUAUAACAGGAUUUCCAGUUACUUCUUGGGAUGAUUCAGCUUUGUUGUCUGAUAGUUUCUUGAAAGGCCUUGGAGAUGAUGAUGAUGAUAGCAAGACACUGUCCAAUGCAGUUGCAUCAGAAAACCAGGUACAGUUUUAUGCUCUAAUGCUGUUGUCUGUUGCCUUUGAUCUCAAUCUAAUUGCAUAUCAGUUUACUGAUCAGAACAAUGAAGGUCGAAAUCGUCCUUCCACUCUAUUGGCUCAUCACUUGAGUUUGCCAAAUACUUCUGAUGAGUUGUCUGCUAUUGAGACACUAAUGCAAGAUUCGGUACUUUGCAAACUUCGAGCAAAGAGGGGCUGCGCAACUCAUCCACGGAGCAUUGCUGAAAGGGUAAGAAGAACCAAAAUAAGUGAACGGAUGAGAAAGCUGCAAGAGCUUGUUCCCAAUAUGGACAAGCAAACAAACACGGCAGAUAUGUUGGAUUUAGCUGUUGAAUACAUUAAAGAUCUUCAAAAGCAAGUCAAGACGUUAUCAGAUAAUCGUGCGAAGUGUACAUGCUUCAACCAAAAAAGUUGUGGAUCAGAAGGCUCAAUGUAGGACAUGCCUCCUUUCUGCAGUUUAAAGGAAAAUUGAUAAGUAGUUGGUGAUGGAGACUGGAAAAGCAAAAAGUUAGAUUCUGUUUUGAUUUAAGUAGAAGGGAAGAAUUCACCCAAAAAAGAAAAUGAAGAAGAAGAGAAGAAUCAUUUGCGUUCUGGGAACAUGGAAGAGAAGCUUUGACUGUAUUCAAAGCUGUACAUAGAAUAGUUUAUGAGAACUUUUGGCUUGUACUUUUGCUUGAUUAACUUAUCUAAUCAACAUAUUUUUAUUAGUUCUUGAAAAGGACUGUUGUAUACAUCUCUAGUGUUUGCUGAUUCGAUUCAGUUUCACUUUCUGGGAAUGGUGAUCAUUUCUUGUCAUGCACUGUACAAUUGUCAUGCACUUUCUUGGAGAAUUCCAUUACAGAUCAUGUAUAGCUAGUUUAGUUUA